GGCCACGUGGAGUGUGUGAGAGGUGUCAGCAGGAGUGUGACGGCUGAUGCAUUGUGUCAGUGUGAGCAGGAGGAGCUCCUCUGCUUGGCUCAGCAGUUCCACACCCUCAGCUGUCAGCUGUCACCUGGAUGGUAGAAAGGGGAAAGGAGAAGGAAGAUCCGCUGGCUCCUGUCUCUUCAGAGGAGCUCCAGUCUUUGCCUGCACCUUGGAUGUCCUCACCUGGCUUCCGCUGCGGAUCCUUCCGCUUCCGGCCCAGACCCAGCCGCCUCCUGAUACGUACUGUCAUGGACCCUGCAGCAAGCUCCUGCAGACGGACCCUCUGCGCUCUUCCUCAGCCGGCUCUGUGGGCGGCCACUAUGAGCCAGUCUUGUGGAUUCUUUGUGACAAGGAUGUGUUGCUCUCUGUAGCAGGAAGUUUCCAGAUGUGCUGCCUACAGAAUGGCGAAGGUCAGGAAGUCUCACCUCAGCAUUCACCAGGAGGUCUCUCCAUUCUUCUUCUUGCUGGGAAGCAAGGGAAGGUUAUUGGCAUGCAAGUGACUGUCACCCCUUCUGCAUUCGCUGAGGGCCAGGGAUCCGAAGAUCACAGAGAGUCUUACUACGUUCACACUGGCCUUGAAGUCAUGGCAACCCUCCUGCUUCAGCCUUCCAAGUGCUGGGAUUUCAGGCAUGUGCCACCAUUUUUGGCCCUACCUUCUCAAUAUUCUAUACGGGUGUUAGGGCAUCAAAGCAUUUGAUCUAUUGCUGAGUACAGGAGAAAAGACUGAAGGACUCCAUGAUCGUCGAUAUCCUUGUCUCUGCAGGGAAUUUUCAGCCUAAGCAUCAGAAAAAUGGAAAACGAUCUCAGAAAUUGCGUGCAUCUUGACAACUAUUUUGUACUCGAUUAUUUACCUUUGGAUUAUUUAUUAUGAUAACUAACAGCUGUCUGGGUCUUUAAAAACUUUCAACUAUAAUAUUUCAGUUAAUCCUCAAAAAACUUCCUCUGAGAUGUAUGUGAUC